AUGGCUUCAACCUCUCACUCACCUCCACGCAGAUUCCCUUUGUCGGGGUUUGUGGCUCUUGACCCAAAGCUGAAGGUAGAAGAGGAGGAACUACCCUCCUAUGUGCCAGGAGAUUUUUACCCAGUUACAAUUGGUGAGGUCUUCGUGGAGAGAUACCAAGUAGUAGCUAAACUUGGCUUUGGUAUGUCGUCUACAGUUUGGCUUUGUCGGGACCUUGUGGAUCAUCGAUAUCUAUCUCUCAAAGUAUGCACUUCACACAAACAGCAAAAUAAUGAAAUUGCCAUCUGCAACCAUCUCAAGGCAAGCAACAUUGAGCACCCCGGAACACCAUUUGUUCGCAUGAUACUUGAUUCUUUCAACAUCAUGGGUCCAACUGGGAACCAACACCAGUGCUUGCUUUACCAACCUCUUGGGAUGAGCUACACAGAAUUUCUUGAUUUGUUUCCCGACAAGCAGAUGCCUGAGGCCCCUGCUUCAGAGGAGCAUGCAGUUGAUACUCUUGGGGCUAGACUAUUUACAUAA